AUGAAGAAAGAGAUUGAUCAAAGGAAUUAUCAAAGUAAAGAUUUGACGGUUGAUAUUCUAUUGUUGGACAAAACUUCAGAAAUAAAAGAGACAAUAAUUCCAGAAGUGGUGUUAGUGACCCAUGAUUUCAAAGAAUUGGUAUCGUAUGAUCAACGUGAGAACGAGGUCACUUCUAACAAGUGUACGAGGAAUAAAUUUUGCGAAGAGAGUGAAGAUGUGAUUGUGUUGUCUUAUAAGAUGAGAUUUCAUGUUGGUACGAACAACAAGUUGCAACCUACCAACUAUGAUCCAUUCAACAUAGAUGUAGUUCUUAAUGCAGAAAAGAACUUGAGGUACAACAAGCUACAACCUAGCCAAUAUGGUUGUCCAUUCAAGCUAGAUGUGAUUCGUUAUCCAGAUUAG